AUGCGCGGUUUCUAUAACCUCCAUGGAUUUCUCAAACACCUCGCAGCUUUCACGGCCAUCCAUGAUCAUCAAUGGCCAAAGAGUUCCAUCAAAUCCAUCCAUUCACUCAACCAAAUCAAACAAAACGAACCCAGUAAGCCAAUUACCAGAAAGAGCACCAAGAAGCACUUCAAAUCCAGUAAAAAGCAAGAAGAUGCAGACCCAAAGAUUUACAUGAGAGAAACCAUUGGAAACAUAUACAAAAUUCUCAAAUAUUCAACAUGGGAUUCUGCUCAGGACCAAUUACAGAGGCUGCCCAUAAGAUGGGACUCUUACACAGUGAGCCAGGUGCUCAAAACCCAUCCCCCAAUGGAAAAAGCCUGGCUUUUUUUCAACUGGGUUGCUGGGAUUCGAGGGUUUAAGCACGACCACUUCACGUACACAACAAUGCUGGACAUUUUUGGAGAGGCGGGGAGGGUUUCGUCCAUGACCCAUGUUUUCAAGCAAAUGCAAGAGAAGGACGUAAGGAUUGAUGCUGUUACUUACACUUCGCUGAUGCAUUGGCUUUCUAGUGCUGGGGAUGUUGAUGGGGCUGUGAAGGUUUGGGAGGAGAUGAGAGCUCAGGGCUGUGUUCCUACUGUUGUUUCUUACACUGCUUAUAUGAAGGUCCUGUUUAAUGAUAACAGAGUGAAGGAGGCCACUGAUGUUUACAAGGAAAUGCUUCAAUCUGGGUGCUCUCCAACUUGUCAUACCUACACUGUCUUAAUGGAAUACCUCAUUGGUUCAGGCAAAUGCAAAGAGGCACUUGAGAUUUUUGGCAAAAUGCAAGAUGCUGGAGUACAACCUGAUAAAGCGGCUUGCAAUAUUUUAAUUGAGAAUUUGUGCAAAGUGGGAGAGACAUGGACAAUGAACCAAGUCCUUUGGUUUAUGAAAGAACAUCGCCUUGCCCUUCGUUACCCUAUAUUUCUAGAGGCAAUCAGAACUUUUAAAAUUGCUGGGGUGAGUGAUUCCCUCCUCAGGCAAGUUCAUCCUCACUUUUCCAUUGAAUCUGGGAAUCAGGAGACAGGUGAGCUUAGAGCAACUGCUGCUGAUGCUCCUUCAACAAUGGACGAAUGGCUUGUACUGAUUCUCUUAAAAAAGGAAAAUCUUGUUGCCAUAGACCAAUUACUCGCUGGAAAUGAAGAUAAGAAUAUAAAAUUGAAUUCUGCAAUCAUCUCAACCAUCAUUGAGGCAAAUUGUGGACUUUGCAGACCAGAUGGUGCUUUGCUGGCUUUUGAAUAUAGUGUGAAAAUGGGUAUCAUCGUUGAGAGAAAUGCCUAUCUUUCUUUAAUAGGAGCUUUGAUCAGAUCAAAUUCAUUUCCAAAGGUGGUAGAGAUUGUUGUGGAGAUGAUUAGGGCUGGGUAUUCUCCUGGAACAUACCUAAGUGCACUUCUAAUAUAUAGGCUUGGGCGUGCUAGAAGGACCAAUUGUGCUGCAAAAGUCUUUAAUUUAUUGCCUGAUGAUCACAAGUGCACUACAACUUACACUGCCUUGAUGGGUGUUUACUUCUCUGCUGGUAGUGCUGAUAGAGGACUUAAAAUUUUUGAUACAAUGCGAGGGGAAGGGUUUCUUCCUUUCUUGGGAACAUACAAUGUUCUCUUAGCCGGUCUCCAAAAACUUGGUAGAGUUCGUGAAGGUGAAAUGUAUAGGAAGGAAAAGAAGAGUCUGCAGAGUGAUGGUCAGUCUCAGAAUGCUGUCCCCAUUGAUCAGAAGAUCUGUGACUUUCUAUUUGCUGGGGAUGUGGGAAGCACUUCUCCUGUCAACCUGAUGACUCUGUAUAUGAUGGUGGCAAGAUGCCGUAAAUCGAAAAUCCAGACUCUGGAAGAGCCAUCACCACAUGGGCUUCAUUUAUCCGAAUGCUUAGAAAGAAAGCUUUGCAACAGGAUGCAAGGAAACUUUCGGAAAGAGCAGACUCAGUAUUCAGUUUCUUGUAACCAAGUUCAAUACAUUUGCGUGGAAGUUCUGCUGAUUAGCUCAGAUGCCAAGCUGAAGGUUAUGCUGUCGAUGUUGACGUGGGCUAGGGUUUAUAGUUAUUUAGACGUGAUGCGGUUCACACACUCUGAGUUCCCUUGA